UCAUUCAGUGAGAGAGGGGAGGCGAGGGAGUAAACAUCGUAGUUGUGUAACUCCCUUUUUGCCAAUCAGAGCGUCUCCUCUUCAGACCCCUCCCAUACUUCAGGGAGAUUUAUAGUGGCCCCUGCUCGGCUCUAAUGUCGCUUCAGCUUCUCAAAGUCUGAGCAGUCAGGGGUCCACACAGCUGCAGGAUUAUGGCACCAGGAAAGAAGGUAUGUGUGGACUUUGGUGUGGAGACGGGGAAUGCUAUAAGGACUUUGCUGCAGAAUAUCAACGCAGGGAAUUGUAACCUCAGCUUUUGGGAAUGCCAAGCACUAAAAUAGAGUGAAGUCUUAUCCAAACUCUGUCAACUUGUUGAAAAAUCUUAAGAUAUUUAAAAGCAUAUUAAGCCAAAUUAGAAACUAACGUGGUUUCUUGUUUAUCUUUAGUAGUAUUAGCCAUGAAAAAAAACACCAGAUAUGUUUGUCCAGGUAUUUGAGUGUAAGACUUCUAUUUCUGUCCAGAUGCACUGGAGGUGAACAAAGUAAAAAAUAUGAAAUACAUAGAAUUUAUUUUUAUUCAUGGCUAAGCUAGCACAAUUUAUUUAUUCAUUUAUUUAUUUUUGCGUGAAGCAAAGGAAGGAGACUUUGAAACAUAUCAUUUUUCCAAGCUUCACUUCAAACACAUUUUUAAUUUGCUGUCAAUAACAGAGAUCAUCGUCAUAAAUUUAAUUUUCAAAUCAAUUUUUUCAGCUAUGAGAAGAUGAUUUCAGGGAAAUAUAACAGCAGAAUAUUUCAAACUAUUUCUUUGAGUGAAUCCAGAAGAGUCUUGUGAGGAUUCAUGCCAGGUGGAGAUUUUCUCACACUCAGAAAAGCUUGUGUAAACAAUGAAAUCAUCACAAAUACCCACUGCCAGUGGAAUAAAUGACUAAGAACAUGAAGUUUUGUAACAUUUGAUGUUUAAUGGCCAAAUUUAAGUGCAAAAGCAUUUUGCUGACAUGCAGCCUAAUACCACUUAAAUCACCUAAAUAGAGUGCAAUAUGUAUUCAGAUCAAGGUUAUCUUCAUGAUUGUGCAAAUUUCAAUUUUUUUCUCCAAACUCCUGAGAGGCCAAAACUAAAAGGUGUAGGCCUAUCAGCCUAUCAGCCAUUAUGAGCAGUGCAGCUGCUCUCAGACAUGUGCUUCCUCCUGAUGACUCAGGGUCAAAGGGAGAGGGGGUGCGGGGCACUGGAUAUGAGAAACCACUGCAUGAGGCAUGGACACAAAUUUGUUCUUGUUGUUAGUCUUUAUUUUACUUUUACCCAUUUGGAAUAUAUUAAAGUUCUGUUAAUAAGUAAUGAAAGGUGAAUUAGAUAAAACACAUACUUUCAAUAAUAAACCCAGUAUGUCUAGGCUCUCCUUGUGUGAUAUAUAAUGAUCUUUAUACCAAGCCCUCCAUAAUCCAUUAACAGGGAGUGUUGGAGCGUCUUGACGCUGGAGAGGUGGUGAUUGGUGAUGGAGGCUUCGUGUUUGCUCUGGAGAAGAGAGGCUACGUGAAGGCCGGGCCCUGGACCCCUGAGGCCGCUGCAGAGCACCCUGAAGCAGGUGAGAAAAACAGUUAUAUUCAACAUGAAAAGGAAUCUUUCACACCCCGUAAUAGCCUUUCCUUCAGUUUCCUCGUGUCAUGGUUUUGAUGGAGUUUCCUGUCCACUGGUUUUAAAUUGCAGUCUGUGUGUUUUUUUAGUACGUCAGCUUCACAGGGAGUUCCUCAGGGCUGGUGCAAACGUCAUGCAGACCUUCACCUUCUACGCUAGUGAUGACAAACUGGAGAACAGAGGCAACAAGCUCUCCUUCACUGUAAGUGUGAAGAAACAUCUUCAAAUCCGAAGCUAAAAUGACCCUCAGAGCAUGUGAUAAAGCAAUGCCUAUUAAAAGAAUCAAUGGAUGCUACUUUGUUCAUCAGUUUUCCCUUUUGUGUUUAAGUUCUGUGUCUUAUUUAUGUAAAUAUGCAACUGUAUUUUGUGUUUCUUGGCCAGGACUCCCUUGAAAAAGAGGUUCUUAAUCUCACUGUGAUAUUUCCUGGUUAAAAAUAUUUUUCGUAAUCUCUUUUCAGGGUGCUCAGAUCAAUGAGGCCGCUUGCGACCUGGCAAGAGAAGUAGCCAAUGAGGGUGACGCUCUGGUCGCAGGUGGAGUGUCUCAGACUCCAUCCUACCUGAGCUGUAAGAGCGAGACAGAGGUGAAGGCCAUCUUUAAGAGACAGCUGGAUGUGUUCAUCAAGAAAGACGUGGACUUCCUCAUUGCUGAGGUAGAGACACAAAAACAUCACUAUUCAACAUAGACCACAGACCUUAUCCUUUUUGGUGAAUGUCUAAUUGUGUUUAAUUUCUGUGUCCUGCAGUACUUUGAGCAUGUUGAAGAGGCCGUGUGGGCUGUGGAGGUUCUGAGGGAGACAGGAAAGACUGUGGCUGCUUGUUUGUGUAUUGGACCUGAGGGAGACAUGCACGGCGUCUCACCUGGAGAUUGUGCCGUCAAGCUGGUUAAGGCUGGUGGGUUAAUUUUUGACCUUUACAAAAACAAAUAUUACCUUUAAAUGUUCUUAAAUCAGCCCAUCUUACCCUGACAUGACCUCAGGAAUAAGUUGACAAGAGUAAGAUUCCUAGCAGUAGACAUGAGAGAGGACGCAUCUGUUCUUAUUCCACUUUGUCCCAUAAAUGUCCUGCUAAAUCACCAAAAUGUUGUCCAUUAAAAGUAUUCAGCCACAGGCAGCUACUACAACUACACAACAGUUAUUCUUGUCUCUUUCACACACCUUAUUUCUAUGCUAAUCUGUAACAGCUGACUCACACCAAUGUGUACUCUUUCUUAGGUGCCCAGAUUGUUGGAAUCAACUGCCACUUUGACCCCAUGACCUGCGUGCAAGCUGUCAAAAUGAUGAAGGAGGGAGUGGAGAAGGCCGGACUGAAGGCUCAUUACAUUGUGCAGCCCCUGGCUUUCCACACACCUGACUGCAGCUGUCAGGGAUUCAUCGACCUGCCAGAGUUCCCCUUCGGUAAUCAAAUUCUACUGUUUGAUGUAGACGCCAUCAUUUCAAUAUAGUGUCUUUAACAUCACAUUAUUAAAAAUUGUGUAGCUGAAAAGCAGAAAAAAAAACUGAUUUUAAACUUGCACAAAACAAAAUUUUCCAUCAGGACUGGAGCCCAGGAUCCUCACCCGCUGGGACAUGCACAAGUACGCCAGAGAAGCCUACAACGUUGGCAUCCGCUUCAUUGGCGGCUGCUGCGGGUUCGAGCCCUAUCACAUCAGGGCCAUUGCAGAGGAGCUGACACAAGAGAGAGGGAUCGUUGCUGCAGGCUCAGAAAAACACGGAAUGUGGGGUGCUGGUCUAGAGAUGCACACAAAGCCCUGGGUCAGAGCCAGGUCAGAGGCAACCUUAAAUUUGCUGUUAAAUACCACAAACAUGCAACAAAACUUUGUCAAAUGUGAAAUACUGUCUCAUAGGAGCCACUGUGCAUGCACUAACUGUAGUUUUUUGGUCUUCUGUGUUUUGAUAGAGCCCGUCGUGACUACUGGGAGAACCUGAAGCCAGCCUCUGGUCGUCCUCUGUGUCCCUCCAUGUCCAGUCCUGAUGGCUGGGGCGUCACUAAGGGCCACACUGAUCUCAUGCAGCAGAAAGAGGCUACCUCUCAGGACCAACUCAAGCAACUGUUUGAUAGGUCAAAGAGCCACUGAGUACCUCCCUCUCCUUCAGUCUGAGUCAAACAACUGUGCCGUGCAGCUGAUGUUGCACAGUAAUAUGUGUACUGUCUGUUUACAGAGCUGCACCUAACACAUGUAAUGUCAGGGCCGAUUCUUCACUUGAGACUGCAACUGUACUGUGCAUGUGUUGAUUGUUACGCUGUAGUUAAUGUGGAGCCACAGUCAGGUUUUGAGUAAAGAGUCUGCCCAGGUUAAGAUUGGGACCUUUUUGCUUUCCAUGGACCAGUUUGUUUAAUAAAAGAAUAUCGAAUAAAAUGUGAAUUGGUCACUUGGGUAUUGA